AUGGAAAAGUUCAAACGGCAUUCCACCUAUGGUAAAGCUACUUGUGAACCGAUUACCCUGUCCAAAAGUAAGAGAGAUGGUAAUUGGCAGUCGGCGGCUCUCAAAAACUGCUUGCCAGCCGAUGGUUCUAUCCUCCAUGAUGAACAUUCAAAUAUCUCAACAGGUAACAAUAUGGUAUCCUGGCCAAGUAUCGCUAACCACGUCACACCACGAUCCGCGAAACCGAUAACAAUCCCAUAUCUCCCCACGGAAAUUAUCAACCACAUUAUAUCUCGGACUGACGACUUGGAAUCAUUGAAGAACUGGGCGCUAGUUAGCUGGGCAUACAAUGAUAUUGCCGAACGAAUCCUGUGGUCAAAUAUCACCAUCAAUACCGCUCAAUUCUACGAUCCAUCCUACCCCUCAGAUGGACAAGAUCCUCUUCGAAUCUUACGCCAUGAAAGUCACGAAAGACGAAACGACACACAUCUACGACCUCCAUGGAUGAGAAUGGGACGAGGAGAGCACCGAGUGCCUUCAAUCGUUUCGAGGCUACCGAAGGUCAAAAACUUUGCCCUCAGAACAGUAUGGGAUGUCGACUCGAGAGAUCUACCCCAAGGAGGUUCGAGAGAAGAUUGGACGAUUCGAGAGGUUUAUGGGGACUUAUUUCCUAUGAUGGAGAACCUUUACACCCUUCGAAUCGAUGGUGAAGUUAACAGAAAAACCUGGGAUUUACUACUCGCAUUACCAUCGCUUCGAGAACUACGGAUAUGGCGAACAACGACAGUUGACUCCCAGGCUCUUCUAGACAGAAACCAUUCGGCAGAAGCUAUUAGUCAGCUUUCCCAUAACGAGAAACAAGACCUGGUUGAUAACAUGGUAUUGAAUUUCCGAGGGUUAUCAAGACUAACAACAUUCGAGAUUGGUUUGCUAUCACCUUUGGAAUCAGCAGCUCUAGGUGCUGAGGUGCGAGAAAGCAACCUCGAAGUCCUUCACAUUGCCGUGACUCGUGAUAAUAGAUCCUUUCACAAUCAAGGACAGUAUACUUUGGCGAGAUUCUGGGCGAGCCUUGUACCCAAUGAGAUUGAUGAAAGUUCACCAUUGAUUCAAAAUUACAACGUUGGCUUCCCCGCCUCCAUGCGUGAGCUAGUUCUUGAAGACGAUGCACACCUUGUUAUUGCUCCUCCAAAAAUUGUCCUACAAUCAUUCCGCAGAUGCAGACACAAUUUGACCAGAUUCUACUUCGACUUUUUAGAUGAAACAUUACUUUCCUUCAUUCUCAAAAGUUCUUCCGAGCAAGCCCCCCUCUUUCCUCGCCUAAAUCAUCUUCAUUUACAAUGGCCCGAGUCUGAGAAACACUCAUUCGAACACCCUCGCACCAUGACCAAAAUUAUGCUCGCCUUUAUCGAAUCACACAAACCUACCCUUCAAAGUUUUCAACUCCUGAAUGCAGCUGAAGAUAACCGACUAUUGAAGUAUGAAAAUCCAUUGAAUAAAGCGCUUAAAGGAUGGAUGUCAAUCAAAGAAAUUCGACUGGAUUCAGAACAUACUCCUGAUCACUAUGCCAAUGUUCCUAGAGGACAAGAGUGGACUCGACCUGCAGAUUUCCUGUCCGUUGAUGGUGGAGGCUAUUGGGGCGAAGAUCUUCGCCGUGCUAGACUUGAUCGCUUUAACAUUACUAACAUAGACGUUGGCUUUAAAUCAUACCGCGCAUGGCAUAAUAUCAAAGUUCUAGUACUGAAUCCUAAGUUAUUAUGGAAUUAUGGCCUUCUCCCCGAUCCACACGAUCAGUCUAGCCCUCGACUUAAUUCAUUGGUUCAUGAUCACCUUCUGGGCAUGAAGCAUUUCGCAGAAUCCGAAUGUGAGAAUAAAGAACUUGCAGAGAAAAUUUCUCGAAAGAUGGGACCCAACCUUCGUGUACUUUCGAUUCGCGACUGCAGAUUCUGGAUUCCAAGUUACGGCAAACCAAUCUGGCAUCUAAGAGAUGCUCUUGCAGAUCCUGAACAAAGUCGACUGAUAAAACAUGUUUUGGAUCAAAAAGACUGGGACUUUUUAUCAGAAAGAGCUACUACCGAUACUCAGGAAGCAGCCAAUACUGCUACGUUUCUCAGGAACGAUAUAUAUUCUCCAAGUCAACCAACAGCAGGAUCAAUCCCACGUCCAGUAUCUCGUGCCUCCAUAAUUAGUGAUACUAUCACUGAACCAGACCUGGAACACGGUUCAGAAGACGAAGAUGAUGUGAUGAACUCUGAGAGUGAGGAUGAAGACGAAGUGAUGAAUUCUGGAAGUGAGGAUGAAGAUGAGGACGAAGACUAUAGAUCUACAGUAUCGGAAUUGGACGACGAGCCAGAAAGCAUACAGCCCGAGGCACAACUUGAGGAAAGCCAACUUACACACCCUCCAGUAGGUAUUACAAUUGAGGAUGCUGCACACAUAGCACAACUUCAUGCAGUAUAUGCGCCACAACCUGAUACAGAGAUGUCUUUAUAUACGCACACAGAGGCGCCAAAUCUUGAUGCAGAUAUGGACUUGUUCACUCACACGGAGAUGCCUUAUUAUAUUCAUUCUCAUCCCGAGUUAUGA